AUGGCACAGCCGGGCCUAGACCCGAGCCGGGCUGGUGCCUAUAAGGAGGUAGGCCUGGCCGGGCUGCCAGGGCAACGCUUGUAUGUAUCCGCGUGUUUUUACAGGCGCGUGUGCGAAACUCGGAAACAGAGACAACGGUUCAGAGAGAGAGUUCGCACCAAUCGUGCAGAGUCCCCUCAGGAUGAAGAAGGAGAAGGUGAGGCUGAGAUAGAGGGAGAAGGUGAAGCUGAAGUGGAGGGUGAAGGUGAAGCAGAUGUGGAGGGAGAAGGUGAAGCAGAUGUGGAGGGAGAAGGUGAAGCUGAACUAGAGGGAGAAGGGGAAGCUGAGGUGGAGAGUGAGGGUGAAAGGCCAGAAAUCGAUGUGGAUCGUGAAGAGAGUGAAGGUGAGAGAGUUCAAAGCUCACAUGAGAGAGAAGUCAGUGAUCACAGGCAAGAGAGUGGAGGGAAGGACGAGGAAAGUGAUGAACAAGAUUAUGGUCAUAGGGCGGCAACUAGUAGGAGGAGAGAGGUAAUUGCUAGUGAAUCCGAGGGAUCAGAGGAACACCAUUCUGUCGAAAAUGGGGAUGAUGAGAUUCAGCAAAUAAGAACACAAAGAUUGGCGAGUGAAGAUAGAGACGUUGCUCAUGUCUCCCCAUCAGCAGCUGAUAUUCGCGAUGUGUUUGGAGAUUCUGAUGAAGAUGAAGCUGGAGAAUAUGCGGCUCAGAAUGAUGGCCUUGACCGUGCUUCUCCUCGUUCUCCUGCUGAAGAGGAAGGCAGCCAUCAGAUGGAUGUGAGACCAGAAGAUCUCGUACUUGAUGAGGAUGGCAUGUAUGAAUCAGAAGAGGAAAAUUUUGAACAAAAACAAAAGGAAAAACCAGUUGGCCCUCCAUUAGAACUGGAAAUUCCACUCUGCCAAGCCCCUGGCCAGCCAGAAAAGAUGAACAUGAUCAAGGUCUCAAACAUCAUGGGCAUUGAACCAAAACCAUUUGAUCCUAAAACUUAUGUGGAAGAGGAUGUCUUUGUGACUGAUGAGUCUGGCGCCAAGAAACGCAUACGUCUGGAAGAUAACAUUGUUCGUUGGAGGAAUGUUCGUAAUCGUGAUGGGACAAUAUCUCGUGAAAGCAAUGCACGGUUUGUAAGGUGGUCUGAUGGAAGCUUGCAGUUGUUAAUCGGGAAUGAAGUUCUUGACAUAUCAGUUCAGGAUGCUCAACAUGAUCAAACCCACCUUUUUUUAAGACAUGGGAAGGGGAUUUUGCAAUCUCAAGGGCAGUUAUUACGGAAAAUGAGAUUCAUGCCGUCUUCCUUAUCCUCAAAAUCUCACCGUUUAUUAACUGCUCUGGUGGAUUCCCGUCAUAAGAAAAUAUACAAGGUGAAGAACUGCAUUACUGAUAUCGAUCCUGAGAGGGAAAAGGAGGAAAAAGAGAAGGCUUUGAAUCAAACUAUCAGAAGUAGGGUAGAUCUCCUACGCAAGCAGGAGAAAGUGAACCGGAAGUAUAGCCAAGCUCGGGAGAAAGAACCCCAGCUGUCACCAGGGUACCUGGAGGGGGCAUUGGAAGAGGAAGAUGAAGCUGAGGACUAUGUCAAUCACCGAAGAGCUGCUCGGCGCCACUUUGAAGAGGAUCUGGAAGUAGAAGAACGGGCUGAGAAACGCAUACUUAAUGCUAAGAGGUCACAUGUACCAAAAGAACCUCCUCGGAAAACACCAUUCAUGGCUGGUCGCUCUUCAAAGCGCCAGUUAGAGGAGCCAUCGGAAAGUGAGAGAGAGGAAUCUGAGUAUGAAUCAGAAGGUGAGGAUGAGAGGCUUCCAUCUCGUAAAAAGAGAAUACAAGAAGAAGAAGAGGAGAGAAGAAGAGGGGAAGAGGAAGAAGAGGAGGAAGAGGAAGAUGAUGAGGAGGAAGAGCCAGCAAGGGGAGGGGGACGGAGAGGUGAAGCUAUAGAAGAAGACGAGGAAGAGGAGGAUGCUCCCAAGCAAAGGGUUAAGGAGUCUGGGAGGAGGAGAGCGCGUGAGGAGGUGGAGAAUGAUGACGAGGAAUCACCACCUCGAAAGCAAGCACCCCAACGCCGCAGAAUGGUCUUCACAGAUAGCGAAGAGGAUUGAAAGACUCGAAAAUUUCCAUUAAAGAAGUGAGUUUUUGUAGUGAGAAAAAGUGGAUUGAAAUUAUGAUAAAUAGCCGUUUUGAUUUCUUACUCUUUUUCUUCUGUUAUUUGAUACAAGUUUACAUGCAUGAGAUUCACUCUUGUUACUCCAUGAUGGUGGGGAUAAUGCAUGAUGAGUAAAUGUGGGCUGAGACCAUGGAUCGAUGUGCCAGGCACCUUUGAAGCCCAUGAGUGAGGUGCACUUGGUCUUCUUCCCUGUUUACUCGUGCACAAAUGUGAGACUCUACAAUUCAUAAAUCAAAUAGUUGAAAGCAUUAUUCAGCUA